GCUUCCGUUUCUUUCUGUCAUAGAAAUAUCUGUGUGCGGGCGGUCGUCAUAUUAAAGAUAAUUCGUAUGAAUUAUUAAAUGAAGGUGCUAUAAAGUGUUAAUUUUAUGUAAAAACUGUAGUUAUAAAUUGUUAAAUAAUGAUCUUGCUGGAGAUCAACAAUAGAAUUAUAGAAGAAACGUUAACAGUUAAAUAUAAAAAUGCACUGGCGCGCUUAAAGCCAGAGUCCAUAGAUGUGACAGUUGCAGAUUUUGAUGGAGUCCUUUUUCAUAUAUCCAAUGUCAAUGGAGAUAAAACCAAAGUUAGGGUUAGUAUAUCAUUGAAGUUCUACAAGCAAUUGGAAGAACAUGGAGCCGAUGAAUUGCUCAAAAGGGUAUAUGGUCCCCUGCUCACUGAAGCUGAGACAGGUUACAAUGUCUCGGUGUUAUUGGAUUUGGAGAACAUUCCUGAAGACUGGGAGGCCACAGUGAAAAAAGUUGGGUUACUAAAGAGAAACUGUUUUGCUUCUGUGUUUGAGAGAUACUUCAGGCUGCAAGAGGAUGGUGAUGUCGGCCACAAAAGAGCUGUUAUUAACUAUCGACAGGAUGAGACACUGUACGUAGAAGCCCAAGAAGAUCGUGUGACUGUAGUCUUCUCUACUGUUUUCCGGCACGAAGAUGACAUAGUAAUUGGCAAAGUGUUCAUGCAAGAGCUGAAAGAGGGUAGAAGAGCGUCACAUACUGCACCACAGGUCCUAUUUUCACACAAGGAGCCACCGCUAGAGCUGGUAGAUACAGAUGCUAAAGUAGGCGAUAACAUCAGCUAUGUUACAUUUGUGUUGUUCCCGCGACACACCUGCGAAGCUGCACGGGACAACACCAUCGAUUUGCUUCACAUGUUCCGUGACUACCUGCAUUACCACAUCAAGUGCUCCAAGGUCUACGUUCACUCCCGCAUGCGCGCUAAGGCAGGCGAACUGCUGAAGGUGCUCAACCGUGCGAGACCACAAUCAACCACACGACCCACCGAGCGGAAAACUAUCUCAGGGAGAACAUUUGUGAGACGAGAUUGAUUGCUGUCCGUUGGCCAAUAGACGCAAGAGCGUCACUCAAGUAACGCGGCCAUUCCGGUACAUUUAAUUAAAACCUCUUGUAUUCUAUGAUCUCAAAAUAUUUCUUCAGUAUUUAAUUGGUCAUUGCUUGAUUUCCCAGAUUGUAAUCCUAAUGGACAAUUGUCAACUGUCAACGUCAAAGUGUCAUCUGAUUAUUGUCUAUGUUUAAAAAUUAUAAAUUGUCUAAGUUAUUUGCGAUCUUAAUGUUAUUCCAGAUAUUUAAAACUGUAUAGAACUAAAAUAUUUAAGAUCACGCGUUAUGCAAUUUCUUAUUAAUGUAUAGUAUUGGAAUGAACGCGUUACCCAAUAAAUCCACAAUGUGCGUAUUUCGUAAUCAAUAUUAAAUUAACCAAAAAAACCAAUCAGGUCACAAAAACAGUUAUUUAUUUGUUGCAAGCUCAAUAUUUGGACAAUUUGAAAUGUGCACAUUGUUACCAAGCCUAACCUAGUGAUUGAAUGUUUCUGUAGUUCUUGUUAACAAAAUUAUGCUUUACGAGAGUUUAUUAGAGAGGUGGCACUGCGUUUGUGACUCGGGUUCCUAAUUCUUAUUGUGUGGGUACAGUCAACGUCAAAAGCGCAUUCGAGCAACUUUGGCGUUGAUUGUACACUGGCAAAUGAAAACGUUUAUUACCAGUAGUGUCCAUCGGGUUUCGUUAGCUACGUAAUUGUGUUACUCACCGAUCCUUAGCGUAUUUGGAGUAUCUCGGAACAGGUUCGACACUUGAGAUACUCAGUACAAUGUAUACCUGUUCCGUGGCUUGUAAAAAUGUAUAUCGCAGACGUCGAGGUGUUGCACAAAUUCCUUCGAAUCCUUUUAUUAAAUUUGCGUAUUAGUUACAUAGGUAUGCAAUAUACGAACAAUAAUAACUUUAAUGAAAUUUGUUUUUAGGUAGGUCGCAUUCAAUUAUUAACAUGUAAGUGAAAAUGUAUAAAUAUCUCGAUAGUUUCUUCCAUAGACGAGUGACUUGGAUCAAUAUGGCCUUAUUUACCGAUUUCGAUUGUCUGGUCUCUAUAGAAUCGCUAGUUUAGGCCUUGAUCAAAUGUAUGAAAAGUGCAAUUCGAUAUUCCAUUUUGCAUUUUGUUUACAACCUGUCGUUGAUAUUUAAUGAAAUUUUAUUCCAUGAAUUCAAUGUAGCGUCAUAGGUACCGGACACAUUAACAGUUUUUGCACGGAAAUAGAUUGCUCAAUAACAUGUUUGAUCAUUGUAAAGGAAUAGGUUUAGAGGGCUCGUACGUUGGGUUGUCAGUCAUAUCUCGCGCUUGUAUUUAUAUCGAUUUGCAGGUGCCAUCUAGUCAAAAAUUCUUAAUAGAAGGUAAAUUUGUGCAAAAAAAUAUUUUGCAGUAAUUCAAAUUACAUUCACGUUUCCCCACCAAGUAAAAUAUGUCCAAGUUACGUGCCAAGACUAGAAGCUCUAUCAUGAGUUUGACAAAGUAUCAAUCUCUGACGUAAUACGCACGUCAAAUACUUGUACGUCUUUGGUCGCCCCUGGUUGUGCGCAACACUAAGACUCUUAAAAAAAUGAGAAUCUAUGAAAUUACAAUAAUAAAAUAUAAAUAAUAUUAUCUAUGCUUAUAUCAUAGCUGUUCCAAAUUCGAAAGUCAUAAUUAUUAAAUCUUAAUUUAUUCAACUAAUUAUAAAAUGCUACUGCCACCAUGACACUUGUUCCAAAUGACAAUUGACACGUUUGACAACCCAUCGUAACAGCCUUUUAGGGAUAGUUUGAGAUUGCGGUGUUAAUAGUGACGGAGUGAAUGUUUAGCUUAUUUUGUCCGAGUGUCAGAAUAGUCAAACAAACAGGUCUUGUACGAGCAUGUAGAAACAAUUCACUAUUUAAUAUUAUGUAGCUAACUUGAAUUUUAUGUAAUUUUUAAUUUGCAAGAUGUAUUAUUUAUGUAUUAUAAUGUAAGUUAAAUAAUGUUUUAAGCUUACUACAUGAUGAUUUUAUUGUCAGUACGAGAUUAUAACAGGACACUAAAGUUAUUUGUGAAUAUGUAAUUAUUCUUGUGAUCUAAAAUCCGUUUAUACCGUAUUUUUUAUUUUCUAGAUUAAAGAAACAUCUUAAUGCAGUU